AUGGAGCCCGCCCUGCUGGCUGCAAUCAUGUCAUCUGAUUCGACCCCCGACCCCCGGCUGGAGAAGCCCCGGCCGGCAGCGGUCAGUCGCAUCAACUUCUUCACCUCCCAGCUAAAUACCUCGAUUGAGGCCUCCAGUAUCGAGGACUUGUGCUCUGUGUAUAAGCCCUUUGACCUCCUUCUGGAGACAGGGGCCCACAGUGGCCUAUGGUGGCUUGAUAUCACGGCUCCAGCGGAAGAAGACAUUGAAGCUUUAGCCCGAUUCUUCAACCUCCACCCUCUGACUACGGAGGAUAUCAAAACCCGUGAAACCAGAGAAAAGAUCGAACUUUUUGGUCACUACUACUUUCUCUCUUUGCGACCGCCGCGCCGACUCGAGACGGACACUGGGGUACGCAUUGUCUCGCACAACCUCUACGCCGUGGUGUUCCGGGGCGGCGUUCUCAGCUUCAGUUUCGACCCCAGUCUGCACACUAGCCAUGUGCGACAGCGUAUCAAGGAGCACAGCAGUCAUCUGCUGUUGACCAGCGAUUGGAUUUGCUAUGCCCUGAUUGAUGACAUUGUUGACGGCUUUGCCCCGUUCAUCAGUCGUGUCGAAAAUGGUGUUGUAACGGUGGAAGACUCCGUCUCCAUCACUCGACCGGACGACAUGGGACUAGCCUUGCAGCGUAUCUUCAAACUGCGCAAGGAGGUCAUGAACAUUCGUCAGCCGCUGCACGACAAGAUCGACGUCAUCCGGUCCUUUGCGCGGCACUGCGAUAUCUCCGACACCUCGUCAUCGCAGGUUGCCCUGUACCUUAGCGACAUCUGCGAUCACGUCGUUACCAUGAUUGCCAACCUUGAGCAGGCCGAGCAGAUGCUCUCGCGGUUGCAGUCCAAGUACCUCACCCAGGUUCACUUCGAUUCCGGACGCAUGCGCAACGGUAUUGCAUCGGCACUCAGCAAGCUAACGGUUCUUGCAUCUAUUCUCGUGCCGAUGCAGUUCAUCACGGGUUUAUUCGGAAUGAAUGUCAGAGUGCCAGGGAAGACGCAUGAUGGGGACAACUCACUCACUUGGUGGUUUAGCAUUCUAGGUUUCAUCCUCGGACUGACUGUAAUAUUCGUCUGGGUGGCCAAACGGAUCGGACUGCUGGAUCGAUAA